UUUGGCGCGGCCAGAUGGGUAUGGCCAGUUGUGCGGCAUCUGUCGCGGAGCUUAGUGGUGAUGUCGUCCGGAUCCAUGUUGCUCCAAGUCCUUCUAAUAGUUCAGAUAGUCGCUGCGUUCGGCGAAAGGGAGUCCCUGCUACUAGACCUGGUAGACGGGGUUGUCCAGGAAGGAAACAGUGGAAACGCCACUCUUACCACGUGCGAAAAGGAACUGCUGCGCCUCCACGAUGGCCUGGAGAAGGAGGCGCCAUGGGCAGUAAAGGCGCGGGACGCCUCCGGCGAGGGCUUCGGUGACUUCAUGAUGGGCCACAGCAUGUGGCUAGGCAGCCCGUCCACCUGCCGGGCGGCCAGUGAGCCGGUGCUCCUCGACUAUACCGAGCGGGACGCCCGCCUGCUGCGCACCAUAGCACCCUUUCCCCUAGACUACCUAGUGGCUUACGUUUGGCCCCACUCCUCCUGGCACCUAAAGCAUGUCAUCAAGGAGGAAUCCCUGCUGCACAUCGGCCUGUGCUUGCCCCGGAGCUGCGACUCUCCCGAGAUAGAGCAUCUGUUGCAUGGAAUCCUGGCCGCGGGCAAGGGCCGCUCCUUCCGGCGAUGGAAGAUGCGGCCAAGCUUGGCCGAGGUGAAAAGGCCGGGUCUGAGGGCGGACUUCUUUGCCAGCCGGACGGUCCAGCUGUUUUUGGUGCUGUCCGGGGGCCAGAUGCUGCUCUGCCUACUUUCCAGCGCUGGCUUGGCCCAGUACUCGAAGAUCUUAGCCUGCUUUGACCUAAGGAGCAACUGGCAGCGCGCCUGGCAGGUCAGCGCAGAGGAGAACAGCUGCAUAAACGGUCUCCGCGUGGUCACCGCCUUCGCCCUGCUGGGAGUCCAUGUGGUCUGGUACAAGGUAUUCGCCGGGGACCCCUCGUUGAAGCUCCUAGAAACCGUGACAGCGAUGACGAUGCGGCACACCUACUGGCCUAGCACGGUGGAGGUCUUUUUCGUGAUCAGCGGCUUCUUGACGGUGUCCAACUUUUUGCGCGAUGAGCAGCUUCAACAGGACAUCGCCAGCGACGGUUUAUCUGGCAGAAACGUGCGUCGCUUUCUGGGCCAGGUCUUUCGGCGUUUCCUGCGCCUAGCGCCUCUCCAAUUCAUGGUCAUGCUUCUGGGGUCCGUGGGAUCCCAGUACCAACGGCAAGUCUCUCUGCUAUACGUGACUGUUCCACAUGACGAGAUCUGCCACCGGCACUGGUGGCGCAACCUGCUUUUCGUGCAGAACCUAUUUCCCGUGGUGGAGCUGUGCGGCUCCUGGACCUGGUACCUGGCCUGCGACAUGCAGCUCUAUAUGCUAGCGCUUCUUCUGCUCUUUCUGCACACCCGGCACCCCCGGGUCGUCAGGUGGCUGGCCGGUCUACUCCUGGCCACUAGCAUCCUCUACUCGUCGGUGAUGAUGGAGCUGCUGCAGGUGAAGCCAAACUUUGAGGAGUUCUACCAGGCAGGCGAGUGGUUUUACGUGAGUCCCGUCAUCCGCUUACUAGCCUACAUCGUGGGCGGGGCCUACGGGUAUUCCCACGCUCGUGGCUGGGAACCGCCCUCUGCCCUGCUCCUGCCAAAUUGGUGGUCCAAGCUGGCUCUUAGCCUGAUCCUGGGCUGGCUGCUGCAGAAGGUUCUAGCGGAGCAGCUGCCGGCGGCUAGCGUCCUCGGCGCCAUUAUGGCCGUUUUACGGCUUCUGGUGGCUACCUGGGCCGGCCACCUAAUCCUGAGUGGCGAUGGCCGGGAUGCUUGGGCGCCCAAUCGCUGGCUCCUGACCCUUUUGCAUUCCGAUCAGCUGCAGCGGAUGAGCAGGUUCACUUACGCCAUCUACUUGCUGAACCCCAUCAUUAUCAUUUGGUUCUACCACUCCUUUACCUCCGCCAUUAACGCGGACAAGACCUUGCUGAUGCUCCUGACAGUGGGCCACUCCGGCAUUUGCUACUUCCUAGCUAUAGUAGCCACCUUGCUGAUCGAGCUGCCCUUCAACCGAUUAUCCAGCCUGCUCACUAGCUCACGAUCCCCCAGAAAGAAAACUCCUUAGUUUUAUAAAAUAUAUUCUUUUCCCUCCUCGUUGUUUAGAAGAAUUAAAGGUAUAUGUUUAGUA